UGAAAAUUUGAUAAUCAGCCGUGAUCCAAAUUGAUCAAUUUAGGGCGGGGCAAUGCCAUCUACGUUACAUUUACAAACUACUAAAGCACACAUUUUGGGGCAAAGGGAAUUGCACCUCACCCAUAAAUCGUUGUACCCUUGAGUUCUUAAUUGCAUAAAGCCGGAAAGGCAUCGAAGUCCACGAACAGCCCAUCCAUCUUCUUCGUUGCCAGUUAAUCAUUCGGAAGAAAAACCCAUGACAGGAAAAUUGAAUUGAAGAAACAAUUUUCAGACUUGUAUAGCUAAGUUUUGUUAUGUAUUUUGUUCUGUGAGUUGCUGUUAUCUUGGGGCAUGGCUUUGCGGGCAAAAGUUCUGCAGAAGAAAGCAGAAAAGUUUGAAAACAAGAAACUGCAGGUUCUUAAAGUAACUAAGGAACGAGUUUCUGCACUUGAGCCACUGCUUCAAGAUGUUUAUGCCAGUCGGCGCCCAAAACCAACUGAUUAUGAAGUUCGUAGAGAUUUAGUUCGUGUCUUUAAUGAGAUUGCGAAGGAAAUUUAUGGCAACUCAAAAGAAAUUCCUGUCAUUGUGGAAUUUGGUUCUUUUGUAAUGGAUCUUUUCAGCACCACCAGUGAUUUAGAUCUCUCUGUGAAUUUUAGGACCACUGGAGUUGCUUUUCCUCGCGAGAAGAAGAUCCAGACUUUGAGAAAGUUUGCAAGAAAGCUAUAUGCUAUACAGAGUAAAGGACAUAUUUAUGGGGUCCUUCCGAUUACCACAGCCAAGGUGCCUAUUCUGAAAUGUGUUGAUCGUGGAACUGGAGUCGAGUGUGAUAUAUCAGUUGAAAAUAGGGAUGGGAUUUUGAAGUCCCAGAUUAUUCAUAUUAUCUCAUCCAUUGAUGAAAGGUUUCAAAAGUUGAGCUUUUUGAUGAAAACUUGGGCGAAAGCACACAAUAUCAACAGUUCAAAAGAUAAAACUUUGAAUUCUCUGUCCAUAAUACUAUUAGUCGCGUUUCAUUUGCAGACUCGGGAUCCUCCUAUUCUUCCUCCCUUUUCUGCCAUAUUCAAGGAUGGCACCGAUCCUGCAACGGUGGUGAAAUCACUGUCAAAUUUUGUAAAUUACGGGAAAAGAAACAGAGAAACUUUGGCUGAGCUCUUCGUCACUCUACUGAUCAAGUUAUCUUCUGUUGAAAAACUUUGGCCAAAAGGUCUCUGUGCGAGCACAUGCAGUGGAUCUUGGACAUCCAAAACCUGGGAUUCUAAAGUUGCCUCUAUUAGUGUGGAGGAUUUUACUGAUCAGUCCCAAAAUGUUGCCAGAGCUGUGGGACUAGCAGAAGUGAAACAGAUUUAUAAAUGUAUAGACAUCUCUAUCCGCCAUAUUUUCUCCUUCAUCGAUGGGCAGAUUGGAAUUGAACUGCGAGACCUUAUGUUUGGCCAAGAUGGAAUCCCCAUCCGAAUUCCUAGAGGUACUCCACAUUUGCACUCAAUUGCAGCAUUGCCUUGCAUUCCCUCUCAAGCAAACCAGACAAAAGGAUUAGUAUCUGGGAAAAGAAGGAAACAAGCUCUGCAUCUGGACUCUGCCCUUCCAUAUAGAAUAACCCCCGUUGAAGGUCGUACGGGAAUACAGUCCGGGAGCCAGGAGCCAGUACAGCAAGCUAUUCUACUUGAUUCUGUUUCAACCAAAAAGAUGCGGACGGCUGAAGGUUGGAGAGGAAUGCCUAGUGGAAGUCAGGAAGCAGCACAGGUGGAAGGCCGGGUAGCAACUCAACAGCCUUUUGACCCAAGGGAAAGGCAGCAACCUAUGGGAGGCUGGGCAGGGGUGUAUGCCGGAGGUUGGGAGGGAACUCAGCAGCCUGCUGCAGGUGGUUGGGGAUUAACUCAGCAACCCUGUGCGAGAGGCUGGGAAGUAGCACGGCAACCCACUCCCGGAGGUUGGGGAGGAGCGCAGCAAACUACAGGUUGGGGAGGAGCACAGCAAACCACAGGCUGGGGAGGAGCGCAGCAAACCACAGGCUGGGGAGGAGCACAGCAAACCACAGGCUAUGGAGGAGCACAGCAACCUGGUGUUGGCUGGGGAUGGACACAGCAACAUACAGCUGGAGCUCAGCGAUCAAGUGAGGGAGGUUGGUGUGGAACCUCAGCUUCUCUCUGGAGAAGAGAACCGUACAACAGAAGGUUUUAGUGCAUAUACAUAUUACAUAGUAACGAGAGCUGAAGGUGCAAGUCAGCAUGGCUUCUCAUUGUUAGUAAUGGCUUUUAAUGUAUGUAAUUACAUGUUUAGGCUUUUGCUUAAAUUCUUGUCCGUCAUUGUGCAAUGUUGGCGGCAAAUAUGUUUGUAGUUUGUAACUCUUUGUCUGGGGAAGCACAAAUCUUUGGAUGUCCAAUAGGAUACUGGGACUGAAAUCCUCUUGUGAAGAUAUUAUCAACGAUUGACGGGUUUUAACUAUUUGAUACUUAGAAAUUUCUUUGUAGAUCUUAAUAAAGUUGUUGGCUGUACCAUUGCUCU